AUGGAACGACCCUCAGCGACGCUCGACGCGGAGUCCUUCGCGGAGUAUUUUUCAACCUCGGGCGACCUGGACUGGUGCGGCGCGGACGCCGCCGCCGAGUGCGACGUCAGCGGCGUCGGCGUCGGCGCUGGCGUCGACGCGCCGCCGCCGCCGCGCGCGCCGCUGCUCAGCGUCCCGACGAAGCCGCGGCACCCCGUGGAGAUGUUUUACCUCGAAGAUCUCGCGGGCGAAGCGUCCGAGGACGGGGAGGAUAAAGAGGUGGCGCUCGACGGCAUGGGCGCGAAGCUGUCGCUCGCGCUCCUGGAAGCCCAGGACGAGAUGCUCGAGCGAGAGCUUCAGGACGCGGAGGCGGAGGAGAGGGCGUCGGACGCGCUCGAGGCGGGGGACGAGGGCGACGACGACGACGACGACGACGAAGACGACGACGACGACGACUCCGAAGAGUGGGAAGACCUCGAGGUCGAGGUCGAGGAGGGCGCGAAGGGCAGGAAGAACAAGCGGAUCGCGAACCGCGUGCGGACGCUGCGCCGAGCGGUCGAGAUGCGACGCGCGGACGGCGUCGGCGACGGCGGCGUCGGGAGGAACGUCGUCGUCUCGAGGGCGGCGAGGCAGGCGGUGAGGUGCGUUCUACACACUGGUCCCCAUAUGACCGCGUUGGCGUGGUGA